AUGGCGCCGAACCCGCCUUCUUCGCAUCACCAAGCCGGUCGGCCGUUGCCUCGCAACAUACAGACGGGGCGGAAUACAAAUCAUGAACGGCCGACGACUGCAGACCUGAAUCGACCAUUGCCACCUCCUCCGUUGUCUGCCUCGGCAGAAAGCUACGAAAUUCCAUCCCUCCGUCGAAAGCUCGUCCCCGAAUCUCCCGAAUCAAACUCGACGAAAAAUAGCCAUACCCGCUCAUUCAGCCAUCCUUUCCCUUCGCUAUUCGGGUCGAAGAAAUCUGACAAGAAACAGAAUGCCCGCGGUGAUGGGGAAGCCGGUGGGGCUGGACGCCGUGAUGUACGUCAGGAAGAAAACAACAGCAAAAGCGUCAGUGCUGAGAGCGCUGCGCAUCGGGUUGAUCGUCAGUUCGUCACUGGCAAAUGUAUGACUUGCGAUUCCACUGUACGAUGGCCACAGGGGCUGAAAGUGUUCCGAUGUACAACCUGUCUCACCAUCAACGACCUCGAAGACAACAGAGAAAACGGGGCAGAUUUCAAUUCCUCGGCAGUUGGAGCAUCACCUCAGCGCAGAAUUGCACCUUUGUCGCUCGAGAGGACGACCACACUGAUAGAUCGCUGUUUGAGACAGUACCUGGAAUCUCACCUGGCACAUGAUGAGGUACAGUCUCAAGCCAUCGCAUUUGAGAGUAACUCUCCGAAAGAAGAGUCGUUUAUGCUAGAGGGCACGCCACCGGAUGGUAUUUUAUGUGGUCAAGUCCACGACGAGCACGACUCUCCUCCGCCAUCACCACGUCCGGCACUGAAAGCACGAAUUCUUCCGGAUGUUCCCUCUAGACAGAGCCCAGGCUCCUCAUUUGUUCAAGGGAGCUCGACCGAUCCCUUCUCACCGUCUGCUUCACAGAACAGGAGCCAAGAUCCAAAAGGACGAGAUGUUGUUAACGUCGUCACGGGAUCUGGGUUUGCUGCCGACCUGAGGACUGAUAUAUUCGGUGCAGUUGAGAACUACAUAUCUGGAACCUUUGUCGGCUGUGCCUCACUCAACCAGGCUUUCCUCUUGCCAAAGCCACCGCAAGGUUCCAAGCCAAGGUCGACCUCAGGCACACAGCAAAGGCGUCAGCUAUCUGAGCCGGCUCCCACACCCGUGUUCGACGCUGACGUCUUCUUGUCGGACCUAGAUGCCAAAACUUUACUGCUUGGAGACGUUGCCGAGAACGGUUCAUGGUGGCUAGGUGCACCCAGCCGAAGAACUGCGGCAUCAAGUAAAGACACCCAUCAACAACGAGACAGGUCGCCCGACAGGGGGCGUGGAUUGGUUACUGUGCGAAAUCCUAGAAUCAACUGGGCUGAGCUGGCUGAGUGGUACAGAGCCGUGAUCUAUGCCGGCGACCUCUGGGAGCAGACAUGGCAAGAAAUCCGGUCGCGAUGGACGGAUCCGGCGUCCCAAAAGUCCUGGCAAUCCGUGCCUCUUGAGAAGAUUCAGCGAGAUGUCAUAGAAUCUCGAACCCACCUUCAGCGUUGCUUGCUCAAGGUGACAGAAAACCUCCUGAAGCGACCCCGACAACCUUUGAAACACCCUGAAGAUUGUCGUUUUCUGCUGAUACUAUUGUCCAACCCGUUACUCACUCCAACUAGAUUGGAGGCUGGGAAGAUGGUUGGUGCCACGAUGCCGCACCCUCCCUCAUCAUCCGGGAAGCCGCUCGAUGACAGGUUUCGAGGUUCGCCUUCGAAACGUGUCCCGAGUUCUGGCAGACGACCCGGGAGUCUCGGACACCAUUCAGGUAUUAUCAAGCGAAUUAUAGGUCUAAUGGCCAAUCUUUCCAAUGACGUCCACCACUGUCUCGUGUCAUGGUUUGCUAGGUACUCGGAUGGGCACUUUCAGCGGACGGUGGAAAUGGUGGGAAGUUUCGUGACUUACCGACUGGCACGACAGCAAAGACGGCCUGUCCACGAGCCGAUCAAUCCAACCGAAGGUCUGGUGCCUAGCUUUGCGGACUCUGGAUUGCAUCAUGCUUCCCAGAUUCACGCCGCGCUCGGAGGUAGACCUUCUUCUACUUCCGCUAGCAAAUCCGACGGAAAGCCAAAGAUUUCUUCAUAUGGCGAAGAUUGGCAGAUCCGGGCGGCCGCAAGGGUCAUGGCUCUACUCUUCCAGGCAAACAUCGGCCACACUGGGAAGAAAAGAGAUGGGUCCGGCUCCCACGAGCAGCGGUCACAGGGUCUGGGGCACAACGCAAAAUACCCGGCGUCCUCUCAUGGGCAGAUCAUUCCGAUCAGCUGUUUCUACAACACAAUGCUAGACUACGCAGACCUAGUUGCAGACUUCGAGACCUGGGAGACCACAAAGACCAAGUUUACGUUCUGUCAGUAUCCAUUUUUCCUCAGCAUAUAUGCCAAAAUUCAUAUUCUUGAACAUGACGCCCGACGCCAGAUGGAGGUCAAAGCCCGAGAGGCCUUUUUUGACAGCAUACUCAGCAGGAAGGCUGUAAGCCAGUAUCUGGUUCUGAAGGUCCGACGGGAUUGUCUCGUCGAAGAUAGUCUCCGGAGUGUUUCCGAGGUUGUGGGAUCUGGGGGGAACGACAUCAAGAAAGGACUUCGGAUCGACUUCCAAGGAGAAGAAGGCAUUGACGCGGGUGGCAUUCGCAAAGAAUGGUUUUUGCUCUUGGUCAGGGAAAUCUUUGAUCCUCACCAUGGAUUGUUUGUUUACGAUGACGACUCUCAGUACUGCUAUUUCAAUCCCUUUUGCUUCGAAUCUUCUGAGCAGUUCUUCUUGGUUGGUGUGCUGUUGGGGCUCGCCAUCUAUAACUCGACGAUUUUGGAUGUGGCAUUUCCGCCUUUUGUCUUCAAGAAACUACUGGCGUCCGCUCCUUUGACCGGUGAUAAGCUGACAUCGACGCCGAAAGUUAGCCAUGGGUUCACCCUUGAGGACUUGGCUGAAUUCCGUCCUGCCCUGGCGCGUGGCUUCAGACAGCUCCUGGAAUUUGAAGGCGAUGUCGAGGAGACUUUCUGUCGCGAUUUUGUCGCCGAAUUAGACCGCUACGGCGAGAUCGUGCAGGUGCCGCUAUGUCCUGGCGGUGAGAAACGGGCGGUGACGAACGCGAACCGACGAGAAUUUGUGGAUCUCUACAUACGCUACCUUCUCGACACGGCCGUCGCGCGCCAGUAUGAACCAUUCAAGCGUGGUUUUUUCACCGUAUGCGGCGGCAAUGCACUCUCGCUCUUCCGGCCCGAAGAAAUCGAACUCCUUGUGCGAGGUUCGGAUGAGCCGCUCGACAUUGCCAGUCUCCGAGCGGUGGCAACCUACGAAGGGUGGCCCAAGAACGAUGGACCGCCGGAACAGCAGCCUCAAGUGGUGUGGUUUUGGGAUUUCUUUGCCCGAGUCUCUGCCGAGGACCAGAGGAAGAUUCUGGGCUUCAUCACUGGUAGCGACCGGAUUCCUGCCAUGGGGGCCACGAACCUCAUCAUCCGCAUUCAACUACUUCGGAGCAAGGACGAAUUUGAUGCGUACGGCCGGCCGAUGAGCAAGCCGAUUGAAAUCGAACGGUUUCCGAUCGCCAGGACAUGUUUCAAUACCCUCAGUCUAUACCGAUACAGCAGUCGAGAGAAGUUGGAGCACAAACUUUGGAUGGCAGUUACAGGAAGCGAGGGGUUCGGAUUAAAAUAG